GCGGCGGGGACUACAUGUCCCUGGGGCGCACGGGAGGGAGGGGCGGUGCCGUGGGCGGAGCGCGGACAGCUCCGGUGCUGAUCGCGAGGCGGGUUUGCCGGCAGAGUCCGGGUGGGCAGCGGGCGGCGAGCGACAGCGGGGCGAGCGGCGGCCGCGCCCGGCGAUGAGGCACGAAGCGCCCAUGCAGGUCGGUGCCCGGGCCGGGGGCGAGGAGGCGGCGGGUGCGAUGGCAUCUGCUCAAGAUUCCAGAUAUGGCCAGAAAGAUACAUCUGACCAGAACUUUGAUUACAUGUUCAAACUGCUCAUCAUUGGCAACAGCAGUGUUGGGAAAACCUCCUUUCUGUUCCGAUAUGCUGAUGAUUCCUUUACUUCUGCAUUUGUGAGCACAGUUGGGAUCGAUUUCAAAGUAAAAACAGUUUUCAAAAAUGAAAAAAGAAUUAAGCUACAGAUCUGGGACACAGCAGGUCAGGAGAGAUACAGAACAAUUACCACGGCUUACUACCGGGGUGCAAUGGGUUUUAUUUUAAUGUAUGACAUCACAAAUGAAGAAUCCUUCAAUGCUGUGCAAGAUUGGUCCACUCAAAUCAAAACAUAUUCUUGGGAUAAUGCCCAGGUUAUUUUGGUGGGUAAUAAAUGUGACAUGGAGGAUGAGCGGGUAAUCUUCACUGAGAGAGGAAAACAUUUAGCAGAGCAACUUGGUUUUGAAUUUUUUGAAACAAGUGCCAAGGACAACAUUAAUGUCAAGCAGACAUUUGAGCGACUCGUGGAUAUCAUCUGUGACAAAAUGUCCGAAAGUCUGGAGACAGAUCCCAACAUCACUGCCGGCAAGCAGAACACACGACUAAAGGACACCCCUCCACCACAGCAACCCAACUGUGGCUGUUAAUGCAGCUACCAGCAAAGGCAGCUCCAGCGCGUUCUGUUGCCAACAGAGUAUUUAUGAAUGGUCUAUAUGCCUUUAUUUAUACUGUCUUAGUAAUUUAUUUGGGAGAAAAAUCUUUUAUUCUACAUUAGCAUCUAGUUGAGUAUAUGUAUGAAGAUGGGGAUAUUAAUAGUUUGAAAGAAUAAUCUGUUUUUUAGCUUCUGGCUCUUGCAUGCAGGAUGGCUAUUAGUUUCUCUUUUCUUUUUACUGUUUCACAUUAUACUUACUUCAGCUGGUGCCAUGUGACUUGCAUCAUUGGUUUCAAAUUAUAUAGUUGAAUCCUUAGGGCAGCGGCCAAGGAAUUUUAUAUUUUCUCCUGACCAAAAAUUAAUUUAGAAAUAUUACUUCAAAGAGCCAAUCACUCAUUCUGUCUAGAUCAUUUGUAUAAGGAACACUUCCUUGAGCAUACUGCUUGAGUAAGUCUGGGCUCAGUAUGUUACACAUUGUGUGCUUAGAAACUGUAGAAGUUAGAAGGAGCAGACCUCCAGCCUUCCUGGACCUCAAGCUACCUGCCCUUCCUUUGAGAUUGCAACUGGAUGUGGGUGUUCAGUGCAGAUCCUCAGAGACAUUAGAUACUUCAUCCUGGCUAGGAUAUACUUACAUUUGUGUGGGUACUGCAUGUUUGUUAAACUCCUUUCUGAAACUUCACUCAUUUUCUCACUCCAACAUGCAGACACCCUGGUAGUUUCUGCCCUAGCAGAGCAGGUCUGACCAGCUCUUUUUCUUUCCACUGGUGUUAGAUAUUGAACACUCUGUUCAGAUAUUACCCCUAAAAAAGCUAAAUCCAUUACAAUCAGUUGUUCAUAGCCAAAAACUGUCUUGUCACAUUGCUGUCAUACCUGCAUGCUUAAGCUUUCAGGAACUGUAUCUCCCAUUUAGUCACUGGGACAGCAUCACCUACUGGCUACUAAUUUCACUCAGACCUAAUGUAGAUGUGUUGCUGAUGUCAAUGAGCUUUAGUUUGACCUUAUUUUUUCUUUGAUGAGGAAAUCUUUUUGGACAAGACUAUCACAGAUUGGAAAGAUUUUGAAAAUAACUUUAGGAAUAAUAAGAAAUGGUUAUCAUUUCCUAAGUUAAAAUGAAUGUAUCUAUAAAAUCAGGAAAGGCUGUGAAGUACACAGGAGUACAUACAAAAAGGGAGAAUAAAGUACACAAAUUCUGUUUCAAUGAAUUUAAUAAAAAUAGCCAUAUUCCACAGUUUUAAAAUGGUAAUUGGCGGCACAUCUAUGUCCAGUACAUAGUUCUUCAUGCAACACCUUUAUUUCUGUCACAGUGACAUUUUUAAGCUAAACUGCAUAAUUGUGGAAUUAACUGUUUUAUUGUUCGUAGGCUUUAAGACAAGGCUGACG